AUGGAUAUCGACAUGGAUCUCGAUCUGGGCCUGGAGCCGGAGCCGGAGCAGCCAGUGCCCGAGCCCAUUGUCACCGACUCCCUUACACAAGAAGACACUGUGGAUUCCCUCUCUGAGGAGGCCGUUUACGAAAAAGUCCACGUUCGCGGGGUGGAUGAAUUGACUACCGAAGAUAUCAAGCAAUUCGCCAUUGCCCAUUUCGUAAAUGAGGCACCCUCACGAGUGGAGUGGAUCGACGAUACAUCCGCCAAUGUCAUCUACUCUUCUGCCGAGGUAGGCCUCCAGGCGCUGGCAGCGUUGACGCAGGUCAGCGAGGAAGAAGAUGCGACGGCCCUGCCACCUUUGCGCCUACGGUCGGCCAAGCUCCUCUCCACCCACCCAGACUCCGUCCUUCAAGUGCGAUCCGCCGUCAAGGCGGACCGGAAGCAAGCGCGUGCCCAUGAGAAGAGUCGCUUCUACCUCAUGCACCCCGAACACGAUCCCCGCGAGCGCCUGCGACAGGAAAUAUCGGACCGACGACGUGGUGGUGACUCGAGCGAUGGUGAUUACCGGAGACGCCAGUUUGAUGAUAGGGAAUUGCGUCGGCGCAAGGACCGUGACCAUGACGACCGCUUCGAUGCCAAUAUGUACGACGACCAGCCUCAGGGUGAUAGUUACUCCGACUCGGAACGCGACCGAGGGGCCCGGAGACGGCGCGGUCCCAGAGAGUUAUUCCCGGAGGACGAACGCUCAUCAGGACGUCUUCGCAACCGCAGCGCAUCCCCUGGCCGAGACACUCUCGAUGAUGAAAAGCUCGUUGAUACCCGCCGAAGAUUCCGUGAGCGAUCACCACAAGUCAGCCGUCGGAAUCAGGGCAAGGAGCUCUUCUCAUCUGGUGACUCGAACGCCCGCGAGCUAUUCCCUAACAAGCCGUCCUCCAGCUAUCUCAAGAAGGAACUAUUCCCGAGCAAACCCAGCAACCACCGUCGGUCGGAUGCUUUCGAUGCCGCAGAUGAGACGGCAGACCUCUUGGGACGAAGGAUUUCGGUUCCCGUUACCGAUGGCAACAACUCGGCGCAGCGAAACCGUAAUGUUGAGCUUUUCCCUGAUUCGACCCCCGGGGGCAUCUCUCGUACGGAAGACCAAGGCUUUGCGAUGCGGAACGCAGGGCGCGGCAUGUCGAUCAAAGGCCGGGGCUCAUCGGUUCGCGAGCUCUUCCCCAACAAGUAUAAGAAUAAUGCUGGAAAGGAGUUAUUCUCUGAAAAGCUGGAGGGACGCGGAGGUCGUCGCCAGCGCGCAGAGGAUAUGUUUAGCUAA